CCCUCGUAAUCGCUCCGAAAAGCUGAUAAGCAAAGAAUGGAUGACGUGACAUCAUAUGCGUCAUCCCGAAGUAUGCUGACUUCUUAAUUAAUUGUUUGAAUUAUGUAAGUGCAGCCGAACACUUUUAAUAUAAUUUAAAAAAAAAAAGUCAUCUCGAGCGAUAGAAUCAACCCGGUGACGUCAUCGACGAGCGCCUCCGCUGGCCUUCGAAAUGGGCUCGACUUCUGAGCCUUGAUUUUUGUCACACAUCGCUCAUCUUAUCUCCUAAUUUCCACUCCUUUCAGCAAAGUCCUUCCGCGAUGACAAUUGGAGGAGAGCUGCCAGCGGAAGUCAGCCGGAGGAUUUCAGAGCUGGUGUGUGCACGGCCCGACUGGCUUGCCAGUGUCCAUUCCUACGGUGUCCAGUGAAUUCACUUUGUCAGUCCCAGCGUCGCAAUGAAACCAGCUCAGGAACGCAACCAGGAGUGCCUGCCUCCUAAGAAGAGGGACCUCCCUGUUAGUAACUGCGGCGGCGCUGCGGGGACACCGGCAGUUGGCUGUGCCAUUGAAAGAGGAGGAGGGGGUACGGGCGCCAGCGGCGGAGGUAGCGCUGUUGGAGAGGAGGAAGUGGGCUCCAUCCCAAACUGCGUGGCCAACAACGACUCUCAGGGAGGCCCUCCGUCCGGGGAGUGGCUGCGAGCUCAGCCGGGAUUUCACUACGGCGUGGACACUUCUGAGGGCGUGUCAGCGGUGCCAGUCGACCAAUACAGUAUGCUUUAUAAAGUGGCUCCACCGUCUGUUACAUACUCGCCCACCAGUCCUCACACAGUGUUAAGCCACAUCUCUCCAGCCUACACUGUACACUCGCCCCUCCUGCAGCAUCCGGGCCUUCCUUAUCCCCAUUUGGGCUACACGCAGCUCCCUCAUUCUUCCCUCCAGUUUGUCAGCUCCCCCUACGCGGUGGUACCAUACGCUUUACCCCCCGGCUUUGUCCCCGGGUCCUUAAUCUCCCCCCCGGCGACCAUUCGUCAGGCCCACGCCGUGUCACACCUCGUCCCUUACCCGUCUGUCAUGCAAGAAGGCGUGGUCUCCCCGCCUCCUCAGGCUCAGGUCGCCGCUCAUACCUUUGCCAAAGUUUCCGCAUCUGGCGGCGUCCCGCUGAUGCUACCUUCGGAGCAGGCCGCCCAGCAGCACCUCGGCGCUGUCGGUGUCAUGUCCGCCGCAGAGCUCAGCUCACGGGGCAUGCCGGUCUACUAUCACCCUCAGGGUGCCACCAGAGCCACCGCCUCCAGGGACAGCCACGGUGCGCAUCAGGAAAAGGAGCCAGAGAUAAAUGGAGGGGAUAAGGAGCAGGGGGCCAGGGAGCUAUCUUUGGACUCCUCCUACCCUGGAAGGAACGCACGUGUGCAGCAGGUAGCUGCAAUCUCUGCAGCGCACGAACCCAACCAGAGACGCCAGCUGAGCUCACCGGGCCAUCGAAGCACUCCAGACAGUGAUUUGGAGGUGCAGCAAGUUGUUGGCAGUUUGGCCUCGUCCUCCUCCAGUCAAGGUGUCAGCGGCGGGCGUAAAGAGGUCUCCUUCGCCCCUUUGAAUCUGUCUCAGAUUGUCCAGCGAGCCAGAGACGUUCAUGGAGAAAACCCAGAUCUUGCGUCCGGCCGAUCCAGGUACGUGGCCCAACCUGUGAGCUAUGCUGAUACCAGAGUAGAGCAGCAGCAGCAGCAGCAGCAACAACAAGCGAGGCAACCGGCCCACGCUGUCAUGCUCGCCAACGGGCAGCCGGUGCUCGUCCCUGUGGAGUAUCAUUCGCAGCUUCAACAUUACCCAGCACAGGCGAAUGACUGCUCUCCUAAGACCUCCUUCAAAGCUUCAGAUCCUUCAGGCCAAGCGUUUCUCUCGGAGAGGGCUGUGUGUGAGCCGAUCGCACCCCAGCAGCAGCAGCCUCCCGCUGAAGUGGCACAGGCUUUAGCUUCUAGCGUCGUCCCCGGCCCGGCCGCGGGGAACCCAUCCCACUUCAUGAAGGGUGCCAUCAUCCAGCUAGCCACCGGGGAGCUGAAGCGAGUGGAGGACCUGCAGACUCAGGACUUUGUACGCAGCGCCGAGCUGAGCGGGGGGCUGAAGAUCGACUCCAGCAUGGUGGUGGACAUUCGCGCCAGCCAACAGAGGCCCGGUCUGGUGACGCUGCAUUUUACGGUGGGGGAGCAGCAGAGCAAGGUGACUAUCGACGUACCCCCGGAGCACCCUUUUUUUGUGUUUGGCCAAGGCUGGUCAUCUUACAGCCCAGAGCGCACGGCGCAGCUUUACGGCCUGGCCUGCCAUCAGAUGCAAGUCGGGGACGUGUGCGUGUCCAUCACGCUGCAGCGGCCGCCGUCACCGCAGAAAGCCACCGCGCAACCCCAUCACCCUCAACAGCGGAACACGGCCAGGACGUUAAGCAAAAGCGCUUCGGCAUCCGAGCCCGCUCACCGGCUCAUGGGGCCGCCAGCCCCGCAGCACUCGCGUCCUCAGGCUCAUCUCAGGACGGAGCGCGUGCACAGGGACAGGCCGAGGGAUGGCGAGAAAGAGGGCGCGGACAAGGAAGAAGCCGCUCACCACCCCGAGCCCCACGUCAGACCGAGUCGGACCUCAGGCGAGCACCCCAGGAGUCAGAGCGGCUACCGGUUGCAUGCGGACGCCUCUGCCUUGGCUGGGGCCGUACUGGGCGCUUCUCAGAGACGCUGGUCCUCGCCCGGCCUCCAAAGAUACAAUGUGAAGGGAGAGCACGGCCCGUGUCCGCAGAUCAGCGCCUCGGGACACGUCCGGCCCUCAUUCAUACCCCAGGAGGUCAAGCUGUCCAUUGAGGGCCGCUCUAAUGCAGGGAAGUGACGACGGGGUUUGGUAGCACGUAGGGCUGAACGAUUCAUCAAAUUCAAAACGACAUCACAAAGUAGUAGAAUGCAGUUUUCAAAUUGCAACAUGACUGACGAAUCACACAUUCCUAAGAAGCACAAUCACCGGGAAAAGGUUCAGCAAUCUCUUAAAUCUUCACAUGCCCAAAGACACAACUGAUAAACAAUCUCAUAACGAUUGCCAAGAUCCAGUAUGAUUAUUUGGAGACAUUUUAAUCGUUUUUAUUUUAGAACUUUAACCCCAAACAUACAAACUGCGUGACCAUUUCUUAAUUUUAUGGAUGAGCACAUGUUGCUAAUAACGCCCACAACGAGCACAAAUCAAUACAAGUGAAAAGUUCAACUUUUAUUAUAUUGAAAGAAAAUCACAAAAGGACCUUGAAAAUAUAAUCACAUAUUAAAUUACGAUUACAAUCUUGAGGUAAAAAAAAAAAAAUCGCAAUUAGACUUUCCUGAAUCGUUCAGCCCCAGUAGCAACGGUGGAGGAGACCUACUGCAGAUGGAGAAAAGAGUGUGAAUGUAGCCUGAGAAUGUUGAAGAUUUUUUUUUUCACAUCCAAC